ACUAAGAGGGAGUUCAGCUGGAUAUAAAGCAAAGAGACGAGCUGAAGGCUUCCUGCGGUGCUCGGGUGUAGACAGACUCACAGACACACAGAUAGACACACACACACAGAUAGACAGACAGACACAUAGACAGACAGACAGACUCCUGCUGCUUCCCUCCGACAUCUUUGAACAAAGUUGGACAUUCUCCAGACGUUCAGGUAGCUGCUGUGAAUACAUUCCUUUAGUCUGCAGGACGGUAGUGUAGGGAAAUGAUGUGUUCCUCAUUUAGCUGCUGAUUUUUGCAUUAUGAUUGUAUCACAAUGUCAGCGAGUGGGUCCCAACUGUCUCCUCUUCUAUCAACACAUGACCUCAAACUUGUCUGUGCUCAGUGUUGUGUCAAGGAGAAUGAAAUUACGUACAAACUGAAACCAGUCAGCCACCAGUGUGCGCACGAUGUCCUGGUCUGCAAGGCCAGAGGUGGCAGCAAAUGGAGGCCUGUCUCCAGACGGCCCACAUUUCCAAACCCAAGUAAAUAUAUGAGUUGUUGGUUCUUUAAGGAGGGCUUUGGUUGCGCAGAGCACAAGAACCGGUGCACCUUUGCCAGGAGUGAUGAGGAAGCUGCUGUGUGGACGUUUGAAAGGCAUCAGGGUUUGGACCACCUGCGUCUCCGUAGUCUAGUAGCUCAGUCUGAGAGAGGACCUGAUCCGCCAAACAGUGCUGAGCCUCAGGGUGACCUCUUUGCAACUUUAGAUUUGAAGGCUGCGUGUGAUCUGUGCUCUGUUAAGGACAGGGAAAUAACAUACUCUGUUCAGUCAGUUGUACACAAAUGUGGAGGAAAUCUGCUGUUAGCUAAAGAUAAAGCCUCUGACCAGUGGAGGCUGGUCAGUGAGCGGCCUGUGACUAAUCAUAUGGGUCCAAAUGUACUUUACAAAGUGUGUAACUACUUUGUUGAGGGCUCUGUAUGCAAGCACAAUGCACAGGGUCAGAAAUGCACUUUUGCAAGAAGCCAUGAAGAGGCCGCCGUGUGGAACCAUCUUAGAGAGAACAAAAUACAGAAAGAGGACUUAGUCCGACGUGUAAGUGAGUCCAGUGCGAUGACACCGGAGCGUGCAGCUGAGAGCAUUCUCCAGGAGUUUUCAGGUGAAUUCAUAGAGUUCUGUAAAGACUGUUUCCUUGAAUGUCCACAAAAACUGACAGUCAAGAGGUGGAAUGCCACUUGCGCAUCAGAUGCAGCUCACACCUGGAACCCUGUCUUAGUUUACCACCUAUCAGAGAACAGCAGAAAGCACGUCUACCAGCAGGUUCGUCCUCUUCCCAAAAACUGUCAGUUUAAGUACUGCAGUCAUGUCAAGCAAGGCAAGCCCUGCUGGCACAACGUCGGGCACUGCCAGUUCGCCCAGAGCGAGGUGGAGAUGGCGGUGUGGAAGGCGGAGUACAGCGGGCUCUCCGUUCAGCCUCACCUGCUUCAGCUGAGCCGGCAGAAGCAGCCUCAUCCCAGACAGGUCACCAUGUACUGCAAAGUCUGCUGCCUGGCCCUGUCCUCCCCAGAGAGCUUCUACGAUCACUGCUCCUCCCUGGAGCACGCCCGUCUACUCUCUGCAGACACCACCAUCCAGUGGAGAAAAAGACAGCCUCCACACAACCGCCGAGCUGAGUUCUUACUGUGUUCCAGACCACAAACUUGUGAGUAUGGCACCAACUGCCCCAGAGCUCAUUCUGAGGAGGAACUGCAGGAGUGGAUGAUGCGAGCUGCAGAAGAGAAGGAGAUCAGACAUAACAUUGAAGCCCAGGGCCUCAUGUGCUACAACGAAAGGCUCUUGGAGGAAUACAAAGACAGCAGUAAUGAAGUGUACAUCAUAUCGGAACAUGUUGAUGACGUCAGAAUCUCUUGUGAUGAAGAUUUAAUCCUGGAGUCUGAAAACCUCAACACAGCACUGAAAUGGAACUUUGAAGUUGAGACAGAGAGACAGCUGGAGCAUGUGGCGCUGCUGAAGCAGGAACCAGGAGCAUCGUUCACUCUUGGGGACACCAGUUCUGUGCCCUGCAUCUACUUGUCCGGUGAACAUUUGGUCAGUAAAGACAUGGCCUAUGAAAUUACUGUGAGUUUCACAUCUGCCAACCCAGGCCUGUAUGAACAGUGGUUAGUGCUAGACUUUGGCAUGAGACCAGUGCUCCUGAAGAAACUCAAAGUAAGAGUAGGCCAACUGUCACUUGAUGAAACUGAACAACCAACUGGGAUCCCUGGAGCCACCUUUCAAAGUGCUGAGCGCUGGCACAGAGGAAACAGGGUUAUCAUCCCAGGUUUGUCCAGGACAGAAGAACAGGAGAAGCUGUUAAAGGAGUACAAGCCUCCACAGAUUAGCUUUCUGUAUAAAUCCUCCCACAACAGCCAAUCACCUCUGACUAGUGAGAACUACAGAGAAAGAAUGCACCAGUUCCUGUACAAUGAGGAACGAGCAGAGGACCAGGUUGUUUCAAGACUAAACGUUUAUGGAGAAAUUACAACACUGGAUGCACUGUACAGCACACAGCUGGGCUUGAAGAAGGCUCCUCAUGGAGAGCUGUUCUGUGCUGUCUCGAUUCCUUGCAGUCUUACAGUAGACAGCCCUGAGGGACUGGCUCUAAAACGAAGCAUUCAGUCGGCCCUCAUAGCCCCUUCGACCUCAUAUCACCCAAACUCCAAAGUCUAUGAAGCCAGCAUCGUGCCAUACAAAACAGCAGAGAACAAGAUUUAUUUGCAGCUGUCUAAACAAUGUUGCUCUGAUCUUGCACUCAAAAGCGAUGAAUCACAUCAGCUGGAAGUGCAGUUUCAGCUUGACCGUUACAGCUUCUGUGCCAUGCACAAGGCUGUGGACCUUCUCCCAGAUACAAGCAGAGUGCUACCAGACCUACAUAGCUGUGGAGUUCCUGUCAGUACAGGCACUUAUGAGGACCUGAACACAAAGCAACAGUCAGCAAUCAACUUUAUCACAGGGAAUUCUGAUAUCAAAAUGUGUGUGGCACCACUCCUCAUUUAUGGACCGUUUGGAACUGGGAAAACGUUCACCCUGGCUACCGCAGCCAGACAGCUUUGCAAGGAUCCUCGCAACAAAGUGCUAAUUUGCACCCAUACCAACAGUUCAGCAGAUCUGUAUGUCAGAGAUCACUUCCAUCCAUUUGUGGGCAAACAAAAGGACGAAAUUAGGCCAAUACGAAUAAAAGCAAACAAACAAGGGAGUGCUUUGUUUGCCACAGAUGAGGUUACUUUAAAAUACUGUUUUCUUUCACAAGAUAAACAGUAUUUUCUGCCACCUACAAAAGCAGCCCUAGAUUGUCACAACAUAGUCAUAACGACCACUUCAAUGGCAAAACGUUUUCAUGACCUAAAGCUUGGAGAGGGAUACUUCACCCACAUUCUAAUCGAUGAAGCCUCUCAGAUGCUAGAAUGCGAAGCUUUGAUGGCCCUUGCUCUUGCUGGGCCAAACACCAGAGUUGUUUUAGCUGGAGAUCACAUGCAAAUGGGGCCCAAGCUUUUCUCAGUGGAUGAUCACCAGCGUUCAGAUCACACACUCCUGACUCGCUUGUUCCACUACUACCAAGGCCAGAAGUGUGACGCUGCCCAGAAAAGCAGAAUCAUUUUCAGUGAAAACUACCGCUCUACCAGAGAAAUUGUGGAGUUUGUGUCCACUCAUUUCUACACUGGAAACAAUGAUGUCAUCAAAGUUGCUGCAAAUGUUUCAGCUCCUGCAAAUGGCCAUGCCCUAAAGUUUCACCAUGUUAGGGGAAAGUGCCUCUUGGACACUAUAUCCAAGUCUUGGUAUAACAUGCAUGAGGUUGCCAAAGUGGUUGAAGCAGUGACGGACAUUCUGCAACACUGGCCAUCAACGUGGGGGCCCCAGGACCAAACCUCAAUCUGUGUCCUAACAGAGGGAUCUCAGGUUUGGAAAAUUAGGACAGCGCUUUCAAAUAAAAACCUGGCUAAAGUCCAUGUUGAAAAUCUUUCAAAUGUGCAAGGCAAACAGUUCAGGGCCGUCAUAAUGACAGCUGUGCAUACACGUGACAGCCUAACAACAUCUCAACUGCAUGGUCUGGAGCUCUUCAAUGAUGCCCGUGUGUUAAACACUGCAAUGACGAGGGCUCAGUCUCAGGUGGUUGUAGUUGGAGAUGCUGCCGCUCUCUGUUGCUUUGGGAAGUGCUCAGGAAUAUGGAAAAGCUUCAUCAACCACUGCAUCAGCAACAACAAUGUUGCACCACAACAUUUCACCAAAGAUUUCUUUGAAAAGGAUGUUGUGGAAACUGCAAGGUUCCACAAGUAUGAACAUGUGGAUGAGAGCAACACUCUGUGCGAUGCAAUUCUUCAGGAGCUGAAAGAUGAAUAUCAACAGCUGGAAACUGAAUUUAGUUCAGAUGAGGACAGUUUGGAAUUGGUGGAGAACUUUAAUCACUGCAAGUCAAGAGCCCCACUUUGUAUCACUGAUGACAGCCAUCUUUUGGAGUUAUGUAAAAAACAGCCAGAGGUUUACCAGCGAGGAAGGCUCUUCAGGGAGACAUAUAACAGAGGUUACAUCAUUCCAUCUCAUAACCCUACCAAACGUGUAAGGAUUCAAGGAAGAUGGAACUUAGGCCAGGCCUUCACUGGAGAUGAAGUGGUCUUACAAACGGAAAAGGUAACAAAAACAGCAAAGGUGGUUGGCAUUACCAAGAAAGAUGAAUCAGCCCGUGAACUUGUGUGCCUACUUGAGGAAAAAGAUUACAGCAAACAAAAACAAAAUGACCAAAAAUGGUUUAUCACGAGGACAAUGAUGCCCAUUCUGAAAAGUGCACCCAAAGUGUGCAUACUCAUCAGUAAAAAAAGACGCAACUUCAUUCCAGUAUGGGAGCAAAUUGAUAGGAGCUGGACGAUUGCAAGAUUUCAGCAUCUAAAUGAAAACAGAAACAGUGUGUUUGUAGUGCAAGUGAUUGGAUGGAAAGAGCAUUGUUUAUAUCCCUUGGGGAAUGUCACACAUAUUAUUCCAAAAGUCGAAACUCUGAAUGAUAUGCGUUGGCUACUGAAGGAAGAAUUUAAAGUUACAGCUCCUACAUGUGAAAAUGGUGAAGAUUUCUCCUUGACAGAUGAAGACAGUAAAGGCAGAGAGAAUGAACGAAAGACAAUCACGUUCACUGUUGAUCCAGCAGGAGCAAAAGAUUUGGAUGAUGCCAUCAGUGUCAGGGAUAUUGGUGACCAUUAUGAGUUGGGGAUACAUAUAGCUGAUGUGGCAAGCUUUGUGAGUCCAGGUUGUGCACUGGAUGAAUAUGUGAAAGAUCGUGGCACAUCAUACUACGCCAAAGGGGAGCCGCCUAUUCAUAUGUUCCCCCAACACCUGAGCACUGGAUGCUUCAGUCUUCUGUCAGGUCAAGAUCGCAGAGUGGUCUCACUAAUGUUCAAAGUAGAAAAGGAAACAAACAAGAUCAUCAGCAAGCCCACAUUUCAACUUUCUCUGAUCACCUCUGACAGGCAGUUAUCAUAUGAAAAGGCAGAACAGAUCAUCUCUGAAAGAUAUAAAGAGAGCCCCAAAUUUGAUACAGUGGAGGACUGUGUCACAGUGGCUUACCGUUUUGCCAAAGCUCAAAGAAUGAUUAGACUUGUGGAUUGGGCUUAUUCACCGUCUGACGACAGGGUGCCUGGGAAACGCAAAGCCCAUCUGAUGAUUGAAGAGCUCAGCGUGUUAUUUAACAAACAUGCGUCUGAGACUUUGAUCAGUUCUGAAGAAACCAGCCGUUGCACACCCCUCCGCUGUCAGGGAAAACCAGAUCAGAACAAGGAAGAGGAAUUCAAGGAGAAAUUUGCACAAUUAAUACCAUUGUCUUUCCAUGUGAGGCACAGAUUUGACAAUGAUGACCACACCCCAAGCUGUGAAAACUUCCGCAUACUCACAGAAGUCUGGAAAGAUAUCCAGUCAGCUGCCAGAACAGAUGACACAGACAAAAUGGUUGACCUGAUUGCUGCAGAUGACAUCCACCCUCCACUCCAGCCAGUCAUCGAUCAUUUCAAAAGGUGCUCUAGCAAAGCGUAUGCCAUCUGCUCACGCUCCUGUCCAGAAGCAGAGGUUGGACAUUAUUCUCUGCGCUUAACAUCUUACACACAAGCAUCUUCACCGAUACGACGGUACAUGGACAUCAUCUUGCAGAGACUCUUGCACUCUGUCAUAUGUAAGAGGGAUGUCCAGUACACUCAGAGAGAUAUCACCUCCUUGUGCAGCCAAUUUGAUGACCACGUCAAGAAGGCCAAGGAGUAUGAACAAAAGGCUGAGCAGAUCUCCUACGCAGUGAGCAUGAAAAAACAAAGUGCUUCAAAGUUAGCCUUUGUUGUUCGUAUGGAUCCUGAAGGAGAUGGCUUUGCAGUGUCCUUUCCUUUUAACAGGAACAUGUUUGCUGGAAGUUUAUCAGUAAUGUACAACGAUUUACAGUUAGACGACCAACCACUUUAUGAUGAAGACAAUCACUGCAUCACUCUCAAAUGGAAAAGGCGGAUCUACGCAGCUGACGUCAUGCAAAUCCACCAGGAGCUGAAAACGAUGUCAGACCGUGGUCCCUGUGUUGAGGUUCCACUGGCAAUAUGGAAAGCUACUGUUGAGGCUAUUGACAAAGGAAAUUUUGGCCAUGCUAGAUCUCUCAUCAUGGAUGCUGACACCAAGCAAGUGGAAAAACAAAUUAUUCUGCCACAGUCCUCCAACAUUCCUCAUUCUGAAACUGACACAUGCAGUCCUGAGAAGCACAAGGUACCUGAGGGAGAAAGCGAGCAUUGGGUUGACAUCCACCUCCAGUUGCAGCAAGGAGACACCAUUCAGGUUCAAAUGACAUCAGAGAUGAAAAGAGGUCAUCAGAUUCCUGCUGUUCAGUUGGUGCACAUUAAACCAAAGUUUGAGAUCUGUGUGGACCAUGUCCGCAACCCCACCACAUGCUUCACCAGAUCUGCACAUCAUCCAUCAAGGGAUUUUUAUAGUGACACCACGGAGUAUGUACGGAUCUGGAGACCGUUGUGUGAGAUGGAGUCUGCUACCCAUGCAGUGACUGAAAGUGACAGCAUUGUCAUUGAGAACCUGGUGGUAAACUUUAAGCAAAAGCAGGAAGACACACUAACAGGAGACUUCUUUUUACCUGUGGAGUGGAUCAAUGAAUGGGCCAUUAAAAUUGACCUUGCAAAAUGCUUACUGUGCAUACGAAAAAGAGGUCUGAAGUUGACUUCAGAUCUGGAACAUUCAGCACCGGUGGACCCAAGAGUGUUCACAUGGGUUGCCCAUGGUGUCACAAACAAUGAAGAAAAACGAAAAGAUGAUGGAAGAAAAGUGGAGUUCUACAUCAAUCACCUGCCAAUGGAGACCAUAACUGAUUCCAUUUUUCAGAAAAACACCCGUUUCACCGUUGAAAUAAUCCCAAAGCAAUUGCCAGACAUCCGAACAGAAACUGCUGUUUCAAGCCUAAGAACGGCAUGCGAUCUUGUUCAGAUAAUAGCACUUGGAAAACACAUUCCAAAAGAGAUAGUACAACACAGUGUAGUAAAAUGGGAUAUCAUGAGAAAAGAGCUACCCAAGGGGAUCCCAAAGCUAAAUGACAGCCAGUACAAAGCCGUGGAGGCUGCUUUAAAUAAGACCUUCACACUUAUACAGGGGCCGCCUGGUAAGUCUACGUUUGCAUCAGUGUUUCAUAUUCAGUGUCAUACAACGAGCGAGUUGGACCCGAGCAGAGAACCACGUCUCCAAGACCAGAGGAGAUGUAAAGGAUUUAUUGGAGGGGAUGAAUAAUGGUGGGUGGGAAAAGCCAGGGAGCAGAAGCAGGGGGGUUCCAGGCAGGAGUGAGGCUCCAGGCAGGAGUGGGGGUCCAGGCAGGAGUGGGGGUCCAGGCAGGAGUGGGGGUCCAGGCAGGAGUGGGGUAUCCAGGCAGGAGUGGGGUAUCCAGGCAGGAGCGGGGUAUCCAGGCAGGAGCGGGGGGUCCAGGCAGGAGUGAGGGAUCCAGGCAGGAGUGGGGGUCCAGGCAGGCGUAACUGGUGAAGGUUUGUUGGGGAAGCCGGAGGGGAAGGCGGAUGGCGUGGGAUCCCGGACAGCUGAUCUGAGGGAGGCAGGAGAAAGCAAGGUCAGAAGUUGGCAGAAACUUAAGACAGAUCAUGAAGGGGGCUAGAGAGCAAACCGAACUGCGUGGUUCUUGUUUAACGCUCUGGCAGGGAGUGGAAGGCUGAGCCGGUCUUUAUUGCAGGGGUGAGUCGUUAGUGAAUGAUCGUCAGCUGUCCGGGAGCCGUGCAGGUAGUUGAUUGCCUGAGUGGAGUCAGCUGAGGAGCUAGACUCCACUCAGGCACCGAGCUGUAGGGGAAAGACAGGGCAGAAGAGCGGAUGGGAGACAAACAGACAGAGACAGACAGGACAGAGGAGCGGAUUGUGACAGUACCCCCCCCUCAACGGGCGCCUCCCGGCGCCCCAUGAACCCAACCAAACCCACCGGGGCAAACAAGGAGCAGACAGAGACACGCAUACAAACAAGGACCAGGCCGAGCGGAAGGAACCAAAAAAGGACAGGAAGAGCAGAAAA